AUGAGUGAUAUUGUAACAGUAAAAGCACCUGUUAACAUAGCUGUUAUUAAAUAUUGGGGCAAACGAGACGAGGAUUUAAUUUUACCGUUAAAUGAUUCCGUUAGUGCUACUUUGGACACAAGUAUUAUGUGUGCGAAAACAUCGGUCUGUGCAAGACCAGAAUUUAAAGAAAAUGAGAUUUGGUUGAACGGAAAAAAGGAAUCAUUCCACAGUCCGCGACUACAAAAUUGCCUAAAGGAAAUAAAAUCCAGAGCUGCAGCAGAAAACAGUGUCAAUGAAGAUUUUCUACAGUGGAAAGUACGUGUAUGUUCUGAAAAUAAUUUUCCUACUGCCGCAGGAUUAGCUUCUUCUGCAGCAGGAUACGCAUGUCUUGUGACAGCUUUGGCUAAACUUUACAAAGUCAAGUCUGAUGUUAGCUCUAUAGCCAGAUUGGGAUCAGGCAGCGCAUGCCGCAGUGUAUAUGGAGGCUUCGUUAGAUGGCAUGCAGGUACUAAUCCAGAUGGUUCCGAUUCAAUAGCCUCACAAAUCGAAGGCUCUGCACAUUGGCCCGAAAUGCAAGCAUUAAUCCUAGUUGUAGGAGAUACAAAAAAGAAAACUAGCUCCACUACUGGUAUGAGAAUCUCUACCCAAACUUCAGAAUUAUUAAAACAUCGAAUUAAGUAUUGUGUGCCACAGAGAACUGAUGAGAUUAUUCAGGCAAUUAAAGAGAAGGAUUUUCCGAAAUUUGCAGAGAUAACCAUGAAGGACAGCAAUCAGUUUCAUGCUGUGUGCCUAGACUCGUAUCCACCAUUUGUGUACAUGACAGAUGUAUCUCACCUAAUUGUUGAUUUAAUACAUAAGUACAAUGAGCUCUCUAGAAGCACUAAAGUUGCUUACACUUUUGAUGCUGGACCAAAUGCUUGCUUGUACCUCCUUGAGAAAGAUGUUCCACAAGUGCUUUCUUUGAUAAGACAUGUCUUCCCUUCCUCAAAUCCACAUCAAUUUGUUACUGGGUUGAAAACAGAUGAAGUUGCAUUAAAUUCAGAAUUAAAGAGCAUUUGUCAGCCUCAAGUAAAAGAUUUGAUAAAAUAUGUGAUACAUACUAAAGUUGGAGAAGGGCCUACAGAAAUUACAGAUGGCUCACAUCUUUUAGAUGAUGCUGGAUUGCCUAAGAUUGUCCAAUAA